UCUGCAAAUCGCGAUUUGUAUGAAUAAAUCUGUUUUUGUUCCCGCAGCUUCGUGAAAGGAAGACUACUCAUGCUUCUGUGUUAAACGCAUACACGCGUUUCACUUUUCACACACACACGAACAGACAUUACGGUCGACGGACAGUCCACAGGCUAUCUUCCUUGCGAACGAUCGGAAAUUGUGUAGAGGCGCCAAUUUAACGCACCGCCGCUGCCUCAUCGUUGUCUACAUGAUAAGCUGGUAGAUGAUACUGCAAGGACGUUAUUACCAUUAUGAGUCGUAUCGAAGUGGGCAAAAACGGAAUAUAAUCACUUGUUGAUUGUUUGAGCUAGAACCUGGAUGUGCAGAGAACAUCAGCAGACAGUGCUGUCCAUAUCCAAGGGGCGAAGGGAGGCAGCAUUUCCGUACGCAUAGUAUGAUCAUCGCUCUGGCAACCCAACAGAUGUUUCCCCUCACACCUGCUAACAAAUCUUCACGCCCAUCGUUCUAUCAUCCCUGCUAGUCGCCAUGGUUAUGAAUAGAACGAAUGCCUUCUCUUCUUCGUCGAACUCUGGGCAUAUAAAUAGAUGGCGGGCAUUCUUAAAACGUCGGAGAAGGAUGAAAAGGGACAAUUUUUCAUAUAUUGCUCUUACCUGUGCCUUGAUUGCAUUACUUGUGAUAAUUCCUCUCUUUACUGGUCAAAUCUUCUUUGACCAAGCUCGUUAUGAAGAGGUUUUAAACGAACGGCCAUUACGAUCCGAAGGUGAGGAUUUCGACGGAAGUUCAGUCCAUAUCCAUGACGGCCACCACCACGGAGAGGGGCAAAUCAAUUGCACAGAGAGGAGCAUCUUUAGCUUCCCUCUUCAUCUCUUUACUCGCGAUCAACGACGACAUGGUGCCGUCGUCAUUCACGUCUUCGUCAUAACUUACAUGUUCGCCUCUCUGGGCAUCGUUUGCGAAGAAUAUUUCAUGCCUGCCUUAGAAGUCAUCUGCGAUGUGCUGAAUUUAUCUGAAGAUGUAGCUGGUGCAACUUUCAUGGCCAUUGGAGGAUCUGCACCUGAAUUAUUCUCAAGCCUUAUUGCUGUGUUCGUUACCCAUGACGACAUUGGAGUUGGAACCAUAGUGGGAUCAGCAGUUUUUAAUAUCCUCUUUGUCAUUGGUCUAUGUGGAUUAUUGGCUGGUCAGGUUAUUAACUUAACCUGCUGGCCUCUCAUUCGUGAUUGUUCAUGCUACAUAGUAUCUAUCAUUGCCCUCUUUCUCGCUGUGAAGGACGGAGAGGUGUCAUGGAAGGAUUCGGUGACUCUCCUUGCUUUGUACGUCUCAUACUGCAUUCUCAUGUUCUUUAACCGUCCAAUCGAACAAAUGGUGAGUAAAAUCACACCUGGUUGCUGCACCCACAAACAAAAGGACAUCACAGUCGAGCAACCCAUCCAAAAUGGACACGCGCGCGGUGAUGAAAUGGAGUCGACUCGCCUCCUCGACGGUACGGACGUGGAUUGUUCACCAGUUCGUCAUCAGAUGAAUUUUCAAGUGACCACGGGCGUUCAUGACCCUAAUGGUGGAGAUGAUGAAGGGGAUGGUGGAGAGAACAACAACGACAAAGCUGUUCGAUCGGACCCCCAUCGCGACUUAGAACGGAAUGACAGAAGAAACACGGACAACGAUAACUUCGUCGACGACGAGAACGAAACAGAGCCCGGUUCACCCUUCAGGCUCCCGGAGAAGGGGGUUAAUCGAUACGCUCAGAUGCUUGCCUUUCCCAUCAUCGCCGUCUUUUUUAUUUCCAUUCCAGAUUGUCGAAGAAAACGAUGGAAGCGAUGCUAUGUCUUGACUUUCAUAUGUUCCCUGUUGUGGAUAGGUUUUCUAACGUACAUAUUAGUCUGGAUGGUCACUGCUUUCGGUGACACGAUUGGCAUACCGGACACGGUUAUGGGCCUAACCCUACUGGCGGCAGGAGCCAGUACUCCUGAUACAAUGCUGAGUAUCAUUGCUGCACGUGGAGGGUACGGAGACAUGGCCAUCUCGCAUUCGAUCGGCAGCAAUCUAUUCGAUAUCCUCGUCGGUCUCGGGCUUCCCUGGUUUAUCCAGACCGUUAUCAUUGACCACCGAUCCACCGUCACCGUUUACAGCGGGGCGAUCUCGUACAUAUCCAUGCUCCUCCUCUUAACUGUCGUCAUAGCCGUGGUGCUCAUCAACGUCUGCAGGUUUAGACUAGGCAAAACGCUAGGGGUAUUUUUCAUUAUUUUCUUCGUCAUCUUCAUCAUGGUCUCAAUUUUGUUUGAACUUAACCUUAUCGUUCCCGGAUUAACAUUACCGCCGUGUAACUAAUAACUCCCCGAGAAAAAGAACAAACUUUAAUACAACGCCGGUACAAAACGGUAACGAACCGACAACAGGUCGAAGAGGAAAUUGAUCCCGAAUAGCCGAGAUUCGGUCGGUUUGACAAAUGUAUCAUUGAAGCGAUCCGUCUGUACAGAAAAGAAUCAUACGGGAUGAAGUCAUUCUUGACGAAGAAAAACAGGGAUUGUCUUCAUGGUGUUGGACAUGAUUAUAAUGCUACGUCAUUUAUGUUUCGUUAAAGGUACUGUGUCCCUUUUGCAGCCAACCUCAAAUUCUGUAGAACUUUGCAGGAAUUAUGAAUAUGUCA